GGGUUAAUAUCGACAUCGAAUGUACCGCAAUAAUGCUAAACGGUGCUAAAUGGCACUAAAUUUAAAGUUGUAUAACAAACGGAGCUGCAUCAGACGUUUGGUCGCAUUUUUUCCAGUCGCGUAUACGGGAAUUAUUAAGUACCUGUUCUUUACAAAGAAUAAGAUUUCAAUAUGCCACCAAAACGAACUCCAAAAGCAAAGAUUGAUUCUUCCAAAGUUAAAUCUGAGAACAAAAGUCGAAUCAAAGAAAGUUAGUGAAAAUGAUUCAUCUACCACGAAAAAGGCAAAGAAUGAACCCAAACAAAUGCAGAAUAAGAUAGAUACAAAUCUGGAUGAAAUAGAUUUUAUGUGCACAAAGUCAAAUGAGGAAGGCAAGAAUUACAAUCUGAAAAUAUGUACUUGGAAUGUUUCUGGAAUCAGAGCUGUCAUUAAAAAAAAUGGAAUGGAUUAUAUUAUAAAAGAAGAUGCAGAUAUAGUUGCUUUACAAGAAACAAAAUGUGACAAAGAUAAAUUGCCGAAUGAAGUCAAAUUGCCAGGAUACCAUCAUUAUUUUGUAGACAGUAAAAAACCAGGUUAUUGUGGAGUUGCUUUGUUCUCUAAAGAAAAGCCAAUUUCUGUGAAAUAUGGUUUAAACAAUUCUGACUUUGAUAGUGAAGGCAGAAUGAUCACAGCAGAGUUCCCAGAAUUUUUUAUAGUUAAUGUUUAUGUGCCAAAUGCUGGGCAAAAGUUGGUGACAUUACCCAAAAAAUUGGAAUGGAAUAAGAUAUUUAAAAAAUAUAUGGAAGAAUUAGAUGAAAAAAAGCCUGUUAUUAUAUGUGGUGAUAUGAAUGUGGCCCAUCAAGAAAUAGAUUUAAAAAAUCCCAAAACAAAUACUAAAAAUGCUGGAUUUACCAAGGAGGAACGCGGUGAUAUGACUGACUUUUUAGCUACUGGCUUUAUAGAUACUUUCAGAUUGUUGUAUCCUGACAAAGAAGGUGCAUAUACAUUCUGGUCAUAUUUUGCCAAUGCACGCAAUAAGGAUAUUGGAUGGCGAUUGGAUUAUUUCCUGGUAUCAGAACGGAUGAAGAAUAAAGUAUGUGACAAUGUUAUAAGAAAACAAGUUUAUGGCAGUGAUCAUUGUCCUGUAAUACUUUAUAUUAAUUUAUAAUAAACAUUGUGUAUCUUUGUGUAAAAAUGUCAAGUAAUAUCGGCAAUGGCAUUUUCUCUGAAUAAUUGUAAACAAUCAAUAUAUAACUGAUCAAUUGUA